AGUCAGGACUAAAGAAAUGAGAACGUAUUGAAGACAAAGGAUUGAAACCAACAAAAGCAUUGAUCCUGUCCUGUUCAUCAGUGGUGUCAGUAGCUUCAAUAUUUAGACUGAUCUGCCUGUUCCGAAUUCCUGGAAGAGAGAAAUCUUGUUUUCAUAAUUCUUGGUGAUCACUAGGAUUGGAAUGUGGAGGUAGAACAACUGAACAUCAAAAGGAUUGUGUCUUUCAGCUCAGGAGAAGUUUACAGCUGAACAUGUUGGAAGAUAUUUUUCAGUCCCCCACCUCUCUCUCUCUGUUUGGGGUAACAAUUGCUCUACUGCUAUUCCACUUUCUUCACUCCAACUUCAGCUCCCAGGAAACCCAGCACCCACCAGGACCCAGAGGUCUUCCUCUGAUUGGUAACCUGUUUCAGAUGGAUCUGAAGAGACUGGAUCAGAGUUUGUUUGAUUUGUCUAAGAAAUACGGACCAGUUUUCCAAGUCUACUUUGGACCACAGAAGGUGGUGGUUCUGGCUGGUUACAGAACCGUCAAACAGGCUCUGGUGAACCAUGCUGAGGAAUUUGGAAACCGAGAAACUAAUCCGUUGUUUUACGAUUUGAACCAGGACUAUGGCAUUGUAUUUUCCAACGGUGAAACAUGGAAAGAAAUGAGGCGUUUUGCUCUGAAAACCCUGAAAGAUUUUGGAAUGGGAAGGAAGAUAAGUGAAGAGAUAAUUAUCAACGAAUGUCACUACUUGAUCAAAGAAUUUGAACAAUGUGAAGGUAAAGCCUUCAACAACAUCCAGGCCAUCAAUUACGCUACUUCAAAUGUGAUUUCGACUCUAAUGUUUGGAAAGAGGUUUGAAUACACCGACCAAAUCUUCCAAGCAAUGGUGAGAAGAGAUAAUGAGACAAUCCAUCUGAUGGGAUCAGCUUCCCUUAUGAUUUACAACCUGUUUCCUCGGCUGGGCCCUUUUCUGAAAAACUGGAGAAAUGUGAUGCAGAACGUAAACGACAAUAAGGCACACUUGAGAAGGAUUGUUGCCAACCGUAAGGAGAGUUUGGAUCCUGGAAUAUGCAAAUGUUUUAUUGACGCAUUUCUGAUUCGUAAGAAACAUCUGGAGGAUUCUGGAAUCAAGGAUUGCCACUACCUUGAUGAAAACCUGCUGUACAGUGUGAUGAAUCUGUUCUCAGCUGGAACUGAUACCACUGCUAACACUCUGAAGUGGUGUCUUCUUUACAUGGCCAAGUUUCCUCAGACUCAAGAUCAGGUCCACGAGGAGCUGAGCAGGGUGGUUGGAAGUCGACAGGUUCGGAUUGAGGACAGGAAGAACUUGCCGUACACCGAUGCUGUCGUCCAUGAGGCACAGAGACUGGCUAACAUCGUCCCCUUGGCUCUCCCUCAUGCCACCAGCAGAGAUAUGAUCUUACAGGGCUACUUCAUUAAUGAGGGAACCACAGUUUUCCCUCUUCUCACCUCUGUUCUGUAUGACGAGAGCGAGUGGGAGAGCCCUCACUCUUUCAACCCUUCCCAUUUCCUGGAUAAAGAGGGUAAAUUCAUCAGGAGAGAUGCUUUCAUGCCCUUUUCUGCGGGCCGCAGGACUUGCCUUGGAGAAAGUUUGGCAAAAAUGGAGAUUUUUCUGUUUGUUUCGUCCCUUAUUCAGCAUUUCUGUAUCUCUGCUCCUCCUGGAGUGUCAGCAGAUGAACUGGAUCUGAAGCCAGUUGUUGGUUUGAUCCUCGCUCCUAAACCUCAAGAGCUGUGUGCUGUUCGUCGCUUCUGAAGGAGGAGAGCUGGAAUGUCUUGAUAUAUUUUUGCGAGGGGGUGUUGGAAAUUAGGCUAAUUAAAGUGUUUCUUAAUGCCUCGUGUAACCGAGCUUUAACUGAGCUGCCUUAAUUCUGUAUUGAUCCAGUAUUGUUCUGACUGGACUUCUUAUAGAAGUAAACAACACUUUAAAAAGUUCUUCAAAAAAGAAACUUUUUAUUGAAUUUUUAAUGAAAAGGAAUGUGUUUGAAAUGUCACACAAACAAUUUGUAAUACAAUCAAUCUGGACAUUAACACAACAAUUAGAUCUUGCAUCACAGUGCUUGACUGGCCGAGAAAUCUGCCUAACCUCAUCAAGAGGAUGAUAAGAUACACCAAUAGUGCAGAUGACCUGAAUGACGCCAUCAAAGCUACCAGCGCUUCCAGAGUGCCUCAGCGUAGCGGAGUCAGCAGCACCACAGGCUCCAUGCCACACCACAAUGAUGCAGUAAUUGAUUCAAAGUGAGCUCCAACAAAGAACUGAUUGAAUAUACAGACAGUCCAUGGGCAUGCUGUAGAGGGGCCAGCAUCACUCCAUUAAAAGCGUUAAGGAGCAAGUAGGGUAGUCCCUCUGAGAUUCUGCUGAUGAGUGGAGAUGCUCUCACAAAUACUGAGCUGAAGCAGGCUCACUUAGGGACCAGAUUGUAUUUAAUAGGCUGUGAUAAUACAGAUUCAACAGCUGAGCUACUCUGGAUGGAUUUAUGCCUCCUGACAUAUGGUUGGUAUUAUAUGGGCAAAAUGGCUGUUGGAGUCCAGCAUCAAUGAUGAAUUUAGGAUGUUGCUACAUGGGUUACAAACUUGCAUCAAACACUCUCUUUGCUGUUGCCUAUGUGGUGCAGAGAAAUCUGUAGGGUUUCAACAAAGACCAAACAACAGCUGUUUCUCAUCACAGAUUCAUAACCCUAGCUUAACCUAAACCCAUAUAGAGGCUAAACAUGCAGUCCUCUCCCUUCAAAAUAGACACAAACACAAAGAUCCUGCUGUCCUUUGAUCUUAGAAUCUGAUAUUUGUGUUUCUAAUAGCAGAAUAAACACUAUGUGUACUGCAUCAA